AUGGCCAGUGCAACCGGCAUCCCCGCUGCUCCCGCACCCACAGCACCCACAAUGCCUGUUGAGCCUCUCAACACCAACGCGGCGCGCGUCUAUACGCACAUUCACCCAAUUCUUGUACUCUCAAUCUACGCAUACAAGUUCAACGACUUGGUCGCCGACCCUGUCCCCGCACUCCUCAGCACGCUGCUGCCCCUCGCUGUCCUACAAAUAGCAUUUGUGGCAGUAUGCCUUCCGCCAACAAGCGGCACGAGCACGACACAGAUCAGGAAGCAGAAGCUGGGCGAUAAGAAAAAAGUUGCGCCUGGCAAGAUCGAGAAGGGCAUCAACGGGACGAUUGUUCCGGCUUUCCUCUCCCUCCUUCUCACAACGCUGGCGUCGACGCCGCUACUUACUGCAACCCUCGUUCUGUUCGGCGCCCCGGUGACCACGCAUCACACGCAUACACUCUUGGCUGGCGCACACAUCGCGGUACUGAGUACGCUGCCGUUGGUCUACGUGCAUGGUGUCAAUGGUGAGACCUGGAGGGAGGCUGUGGCGCUUCUACUGCCUAUUGAUGAGGUCUACGGGGGUAUGAUUGGGACUGUGUUGGGUGCUUGGCUGGGCGCUGUGCCCAUCCCGUUGGAUUGGGACCGCGAGUGGCAGAAGUGGCCCGUUACGAUUGUUACCGGUGCGUAUGUUGGAUACGCAGUUGGCAAGCUGCUGGGAGGUACGCUGCUCAGAGGCAAGAAGAUCAUGUUCGAGUAA